AUGGAGAGAGUUUCGGGAAAUGCAAGUGCAAGGGCACUUGCGAGGGGUCGUGGCUUAACAUCUUCCGAAGCGGGAUCUAGUAAUAGAGGGAUGCAGCGACGAGAGCCAACCAUCUCCAAGGCAAAAGUCGACCAUGUGGGUAAACAAAUCGCUUCAUUAGCGAAGCAAAUUGACGAGCUAAAGAAGAGAGGAGAGCUAGUGGCGCAAAAUAGGAACUCACCUUUCGAUAACAAAAUAGUGACGCAAGUCGUGGAUCCAAAUUUUCGGAUGCCGGACCUCCCAAAUUAUGACGGAAUGAAAGACCCACUGGAGCAUGUGUCGGCUUUUGAGUUGGUGAUGAAUUUAUACGGACAACCAAGCCCGAUUAUGGCUAAACUCUUUGUCACUACCCUGACAGGAAAGACCCAAGAAUGGUUCACCAGCCUGCCUUGUGGAAUUAUCAAGACCUGUGGGCAGUUGCUGCAAAAGUUCAAAUUUCACUUCGCCAGUAAGAGAAAACAUCAACGAUCUACGACUUAUUUGUUCACUAUCCGACAACGAGAAGAUGAAUCACUCAAGAGUUUCAUGGGGAGAUUCAAUAAUGAAACACUGAAAGUGCAGGACUUGAGGAUUGACAUGAUGGUAAGCAUCCUCAUACACGGUUUGAGAAAAGGGUCGUUGGCCUCAGUGCUGGCUCGCGAUCCACCUACUGAUGUGGAACAAUUGAUGGCGAUGGCUAAACAAUACAUUGAUGAGGAGGAGAUGAACAUCAUGAAGGAUGGGGAAUGGUGGAGCAAAGGAUGCGACCACACUCGUGACUUCAAAAAGGGAGGAAGCAAACAAGCGAAAUUUGAACGAGGAAUGGAACGCCUCUACCGUCCCAACUACCAUAAUUAUACCCCACUCGCGACGACGCAAAAAAAGACACUAAUGAUGGUAGAGAAGGCGAAUGUGCUGAAAUGGCCCCCGCAUAUCAGGGCAAGAGGACACGAUACUGAAGAUUGUUUCCAGUUAAAAGACGAAAUUGAGAGGCUGGUGAAGGAAGGAGGACCAAGUGGGGGAGACUCGAAGCGGGCCAGGAAAAGAUAUGAGCGAGGAGAACAAGCAUACAAGAGAGCAGCUCUAGUGAUGAAUGUGGAUCGAGAAGUGGAGAUCACUUUUGGAAGAGAUGAUGGGAUCGAAUGUGGGUCGCACAACGACCCAUUAGUGAUAAAGAUGGACAUAGCAAAUUUAACUGUACACAAGGUUUUGAUCGACAACGACAACUCGACGGAUAUAAUUUUCAAAGAUGUGAUAACAAAGAUGGGGCUGAACGAUGCGAAGUUGGACCUGAUGACAACACCCUUGUAG